UGGGUGUCGAUUUGGACGGCUUCAACCACAGUGUGUCACAGGCACAGCAAGAAUAGUGAUGAGACAGGCAUCCUCUCACCACACUGUGUGCAAGCUAUAGCUUACUGCUGAGCAGUGAACAUGCCAAGGCAUCCAAGCGGAGGUUGCGCGCCUUCUUCUUAGCGUGAACACAUCUGUGCCUCUUUGUGACGCAGGUAUAGAACAUGCGCACAAACGUGAGCCAGACGGGGAACUGCAGCCUGCCGUAUGAUCAGGAUCGUGUGCCCCUCCUGACCCUCUAUAGCGUGGUGCUGGUGGUCGGUGUUCCGGCCAACUUCGUCACGGUCUGGUUGACCUGGAUUCAGGUGCGCCGUAAAAACGUCCUGGGUGUCUACCUGUUCAUCCUGUCCGUCUGUGACCUCAUGUACCUGUGUACCCUUCCUCUUUGGGCGGUGUACAUCUCCAGAGGUCACAUCUGGUCCUGGGGCUCGACGGCCUGCAAAUGGACAGGAUAUAUCUUCUUCAACAACAUGUACAUCAGCAUCUUCCUGCUGUGUUGUGUGUCCGUGGAUCGGUGCGUGGCUGUUGUGUACCCACUGAAGUCUCGACCGAUCCGAAAGUUAAAACAUGCCUGGAUAAUCACCAUGGCAAUAGCCAUCGUUGUAGCGUUGGGUCACCUGCCUGUGUUUAUCAUGGACGAGGGAAACGCGGACAGUGAGACACAGCAACGCUGCUUUGAGCCAGGGCAGGCCACAGCGAUGGUGACCGGCUUCAACUACGCCCGCUUCCUCAUCGGAUUCCUCAUGCCUCUAACGAUCCUGAUCCUCACAAACCGCAUUAUCCUGUCCAGAAUCCAGGCCAGCGAAAGUAUUGAGAAGCAGAACAAGGAAAAGGUGCGCCGGCUUGCGCUGGGCGUAGUGAUAUUCUUCCUGGUGUGUUUCGCACCCUACCACGCCAUCCUUCUGACCCGGGCCAUCAGCUUCCACACAAUGACAGAUGACCAUGACGAGUGCCGGUUCGACCAGGGCAUCUACACUCCCUACAGUAUCUUCCUGGGCUUGUCCACCAUCAACAGCGCCAUGAACCCGAUCCUGUACGUCCUGUCCAGUGAUAACGUCAGGAAGGAGGUGCGGAGAGGCCUGUCAAGCGUCCGGAGCUGGGGAAGCAAUGUCCCCCAGAGGGGCUUGAGUGCCGCUUCAGAGGCACGGGCCAGCAAUACCAGGCAUUAACGGCAUUUUAACACCUGUACGGAAUCAUUUGCAUACGAAUGCUCUCAUGCAUGUGGCAGCCACUCAGGACACUAUGGUGAUACCUGGAUUUGCCAUAAGCACAGGUUAUGAUGCUGGCUAUCUCUGUUAUUAAGUCUUCUCUAGCAAUGUGCACGCUCUCUCUCUCCCUCCUGCUCUGCAUGCCUGGAGAAUAAGAUGGUAGGUGUAACAGUGCACCAAGUAAGGCCAGACCUUCACAGGUGAAUACAGUGUCUGUGCUUCUGCUUCCAAACCUCCAGUGUGUCAGCAAGCCACGCUGAGAAGAGGCACAUCUGUUCUUCUGUUCAUGAAGCUGGCUUGUAGAAGUGUCCUUUAACAGAUGAGGUUAUGGGUAUCUAUCCCUAUUGGUCAGGAAUAAGCAGUCAGGAAGAUGCAGGGUGCAGUGAUAUAUGACUUCAAGGCACACAUUGUUUGAUUGUGAGAGUAAGGAUGGGCGUAAUAACUGUCAAAGGCCUCAAAGUGCCUCAAAAUGUAUUUGAUAAAUUGGA